GUCCUGACGAGUGACGACUUGCUCUUGAUCCAUUUCUCUGUACCUCUCCUCCUCGCGCAUCCGUCUUAUAUAUCUCACGCUCUCUCGACCAACACGCGCACCAUACGACAUCCGACACAUACGGAUCAGCCAUGACUUCAACCAUUGGAAUUCCGAUCAAAUUGCUCAACGAGGCAACCGGCCACAUCGUCACCGUCGAAAUCACAUCUGGCAAUGUCUACCGCGGCAAGCUCCUCGAAGCCGAGGACAACAUGAACUGCCAACUCAGAGACAUCACUGUCACCGCAAGAGAUGGUCGCGUAUCACACUUGGAUCAGGUCUACAUCAGAGGAUCGCACGUCCGAUACUUUAUUGUUCCCGACAUGUUGAGGAAUGCGCCCAUGUUCAGAGCAAGAAACGUCCGUGGAAGAGGUGUCGGUCUGGCCAGAGGUCGCGCCACUGUCAACAGAGCUAGAGGCCAAAGAGGUGGACCCCGUGGAUAAACACCCAUGUCAAGUCACUGGUCUUGUUUACGAAGUUAGGAAAGGGGAAAAGAACAAAAGUUCCGUGUCGGCAGAGCAUAUGGGUCAUACACAUGCCGCUUCGGGUGAUGGGUCCAAGCCAGAAGCUGAAGGCAGUAGAGGCAGCCCGGCACAGCGCAAAAGGACUCAUACUACGUCCGACCAUCGCGUCACCUCUGCCGCCAUCUAUGAAGAGGCGCAGAGGGCAUGAUGACUCUGCAAGAUAUUAGUCACGUGGAAGACGAAUGAAACAAUCAAUUCCAAGCUCCCU